AUGGCCACAUAUAUCUUCGGGGUGUCUUCUCCAGGAAAAGGUGGCGCAAAGAAGGGAGACGCGGCGGCGGCGGCGGCGGCCAGUGGCGGCGGUGGUAGAAGUGGCGGUGGCGGUGCUGCCGGGGCCAGGCGUGCCAACGUAUCCGAGCUCAAGGGGCUGGUGGAGGUGUGCGCGGCGUGCCAGGCGAAACGAGCGGGAGCAUCGGCGCUGACAGGAGAGGGGAGGCCGUUGCUGCAGGCCCUAGCUCUGCUAACUGCCGCUUCGGCACUCUCUGGUGCCGAUCCGCCCGCCGAAGAACUUGUCGAGAAGUGUACCGCCAUCAUGCGCGAGUACCGCGGCACGAUAGCGGCCGCCGAAGCAGAGGAGAGAGAGAAGCAACACCGAACGGAGAUGAGGAACAAGAGGGACGGCCCUAACGCCGACGUCACAGAGACCUACGAGGGCACGAAGGAAGGAAGCGACGGGGGACCGACGAAUGCCACAAAGGCAACGACGGGGGGGGUAACCUCAGCGGCACCGGCUCACGGAGGAGGAGCACCACCGCCGGAUAAGGUUGACGUUUUUGCCGCACUUAGCGGACGACGGGUUACGAACCUCGAAGAGGAUAGGGCCGAGCUGGAGCUGGCCGGGGAGAUCUGGUGCCGCCUCGGCAAGGAGCGCCUGGCGAGAGGCCAGAGAAGGGCCGCGGAGGAGUGCUGCGGCUACGUCGCCGAGCUUCUUCCCCAGAGACCGGCCGACCGCCGCAGGGUUCACCCACGGCUAUGGAGGUGGCUGGCCGUAGGCGAGGGACUGUGGGGGCAGGCGGUCGCCUCCGCAAUAGCCCCGGAGUCUCAAGAAAAGUCCCUUCAGGACGAGUUGAGGAGGGUUUCCAUGAAGCACCUGGCGUUGGCAGCCAAGUUCGCCACUCUCGCUUCCUCUUCACGGGUAACCCUGGACGUGGCCAAACGUCUUUGGAACGUGGCGCUUCCCCUUGCCGACACAUCGGCCGGGAGAGCGAUCGCUUUUUCCGCGUUGGCAGCCGUUUUGAGAGAGAUGGCGAAGGCGGGUAUCAUCGAGGGGGGAGCUGUUCGCGCUCAGCGCCCCCUGUGGCAGUGGCGCGUGGUAUUCCUUUCAAGGCUUGGCAUCACCUCUCUCGACGGAUUGGCGAAGACCAAGGAGUCCGAUAAAGUCCUUCAGGGCAAGAGCUGGUGCACGCUGGCGAGGUCGGCGAGCGACCCGAAACAACAGCUGUCGGCCUACCUCAAGGCCCUCGAGAGCUAUGGGGAAAGGUACGCUAACGUCUUUUCACUUAAAUGUGAUGGGGUUGCGGUUGGAUAA